AUGGCCUCCCAGAACCGCGACCCAGCUGCCACCAGCGUCGCCGCCACCCGCAAAGGAGCCAAGCCCAGCGGGGGCACCGCCCGGGGCCCUGUGGGCAAGAGGCCACAGCAGGAGCUGAUGACCCUCAUGAUGUCUGGUGACAAAGGCAUCUCUGCCUUCCCUGAAUCCGACAACCUUUUCAAAAGGGUUGGGACCAUCCACAGGGCAGCAGGCACAGUGUAUGAAGACCUGAGGUAUAAGCUCUCCCUGGAGUUCCCCAGUGGCUACCCUUACAACGCGCCCACGGUGAAGUUCCUACCCUGCUACCACCCCAACGUGGACACCCAGGGGAACAUCUGCCUGGACAUCCUGAAGGACAAGUGGUCUGCCCUGUAUGAUGUCAGGACCAUCCUGCUGUCCAUCCAGAGCCUGCUAGGAGAACCAAACAUUGAUAGUCCUUUGAACACGCAUGCUGCCGAGCUCUGGAAAAACCCCACAGCCUUUAAGAAGUAUCUUCAAGAAACCUACUCAAAGCAGGUCUCCAGCCAAGAUCCCUAA